AUGUUUUUUAAUGAGACUGCGAGUUAAUAAUAAAUCGCUCUUACUCCGGAUUCUAAAUUUACUGAGAGAAUGAAAAUUCCUCAAACUCAAACCAAACAAUAGAUCAUUGAACACCAUUAAGGCAUUAAUAAAUUACUUGACAAAAUGAAUGAAACCAUCGGCAGAAUCUUUAAAACCAAAGAGGAUGAAUUAAAAGGCAAUAUCAAAUAAUAAAUUGAUGAAGCAUAAGCAUAAGUAAUAUAAUUGACUAAUGAAACCACAGAAGAUCAAGUGCAACGUAAAUUGAAAGAGAAAAGACAAGAAAUUGAAGAAGAAAGACAAAAAAUAUUAUAAUCAUCCAUGGAAUUCUCAAACAAAUGUAUUGAAUACAAGAACAGUCUUAGCAAAGUGAUGACUACAACUAAAGAUCUCAUCUCGGAGAUCCAAUUUCUCGACACUCAAUUGAUGAGUGCCAAAAUUACUAACUCAUAAUUAAAGAAGUAAUUAGAAAGCAUCUAAACCAACACUGUAAAUCAAGACUAUUUCAGUCAUGAGUCAACCUUCAGAUAACCAGAAAUAACAGGAAUGGACAUCGAAGGAGUCAAUGAACAAUAUUAAAAGGCUGAAUAAGAAUUGAUUAAAACCAAAAAGAUCUAUGAGAACAUCGAAUAAGUUAAAUAGGAUUCAGCAUUUGAAGAAAAUCAGAUAGAAAAAAUAUUCCUAGAGUGUGUCUAAAAAGUCAAGCAACACAAACUCAAUACUGACAUCCAAAAAGUGUAAUAACAGAGCAAAAACCCCAGACAAUUACUUAAACCUAUUCAAUCAAUGAAGCAAUUUCACAAACAAACAGAAGCAUUAAACCAAUAAGACUUCAUAUUUUCAGACAUAGAAUUCAAUGAUAUUCAUAAGAAAAUGAUUUUCGAUGAAUUCUUAUCAAGAAACGAAAUCAAAGCUCUGAUUUACAAUUUGCUUUGA